AUGCGCGAAACGGAUUUGGCAGUAACAACAGGGCACUCUAGACGGGAAGGGUACAAGCUAAUGGGAAGAGAUCUCCACCCUUCCGUAGCCAUGGCUCGUAAGCGCAAGACAGUAGCAGACAUUGCGACCGAGUGCCCGGGGGAUCUCAACGAGAUCCCGGUUGCAUCCUCGCGCGUCGUCGACGAUAACGCGUAUGGUAACGACGACGACGACAGCGAUUUCAACGAGUACGCCGAGGGCACCGAUGAUGAGGCGGACUCGGGAGAGGAGGAGGACAAGGGUAUGUUCGAAUCGGAGGACGAAGCCGAUGGUGACGACACCGAGGGAGACGACGAUGAGGCCCCAGAGGAAACGCAGCCCGAGGCUCCGACUACUCGCCUCGGCUGUACAAAGCCUGCUUCAGCCGUCAACACCACCGCCAAGGGUGGCGAACCAACUCGCCGUGCUUCGAAGACCCGCAACCACAUCCCGGUGAAGUGUAGCGUCUGGUCGCAGCUUGAGAACACAAUCUUCGUGGCCUUGCGCAACCUCGUUUGCAUCUACAAGCAGCUCAAGCAGGGGGAGAAGGCGUCUGGCAAGGGUGCGGUGGCGAAUCCACCCUGGUUUUCGUACAUGGAGCUCUUCCAGAACAACCGGGUCGUCGCCAACCCGCAUGCCGUGGACGGCGGCGGUGCGACACAUGUGAAUGUGCUGGCCAGGUUCGCAGUGCCGUGUACGUCCGCUCCGUACACGUCUACUCCAAUGUUCACGGCUCCGCCGACACGCAAUGACGUCCCCGCAAAUGCUGACACCCAGCCCGCUAUGAACACCGCCGAAGGCGGCGACGACGGAUGGUUCCGUCGCACGCAGUCUGGUAACGCCGCUGCCAACUCGGAUGCGGACGAGGACGUGUGGGUUCGCGGUGACGCCGAGUAA